AUGUAUUGCACACAGCAGGCUCAGUCCCCAGCUGGACAGGAGGAGAGAGAACCUGCGAUGGGCAGAACACAGCUUCUGUAUUUUGGGCUCCUUUUGACUUGUCUCACAGUGGUGAUGUUUUCUGGUCAGGCUACAAAUCAUCCUCCCCCAGAGAAUGACACCAUGCAAGCAGAGACCCUCCAUGAAAGUGAACAUACAGUCUUUUCCAGAAGCAAUGAAACAGCCACCACUACAGAUAAAAGAGUUCAUAGAACCACACCGCAGACAGCAAGAACAAGCUGGGAUACUGCUGUGACCGCAAUCACUAGUGUAUCUACUUUAAGACCUUCCUCACACUUUGCACAAAGCUUCCCUUAUCCCACUAAUGCAGACAUCACCGGACUGUCAGAUACUACUGCCAGAUCUAGUUCUGUCACAGCACUGUCAUCUACACUCGUGCCAUUUAAGAACUUUACAAAGCAUACAACCAGUGGAGAGUCUAAUCCCAUAACAUCGGCAACAGCACUGAAACCAGAAGCUCUGCAUCCUGCAGCUGAUUCUCAAAAUGUCAGUGAAGCUUUGGAUGCAGUUCCUACAACCCAGGUUUCAACAGAAGGAUUUCAUCUAAAGAAUUCAGAGGACAUUCUCAGCAUUGGUUUCAGCAGCAUUUUUCUAUUUGCUGUUCUUGUCAUUAUCAUGCAUAGCUUUCUUAAGUACAGGAAGAGAAAAGCGCAGUAUUCCCACCGUCCACUGCAUGACAUCUCUUCUGAAACAGGUGACACAUACACCACUCCAGAUGACACACUGGUGAUAUCAGGAGGAUUGUAUGAUGCACCAAGAAUUUACAACCCCAACGUGACACCUUUGGACAAUGAUGAGGUUCAAGCUGAUUAUUUACCUUUUGGUUCCAGAUCUGGGCAGUUCAAACUUGAAUUUUCACUUGAUGAAAAAGACCUUUCCUAUAACUUUGAAACUUUUCAGUCACUACCACAAGACUCACAAUGUAGUGACAUGGUGCCUAAUACACAGCACAGAUUCUCAGAUUAUAAUUUAAACCCUCUAAUAGCAUUGUAACGUGUUAUCAUGGCUUCAGUUUCAUGCCCAAUAUUUCUAUCAAUAUAACGCUACUUGCACAUAUUCUGUUAUGUAAGAGAUGCUCUGUCUAUCUUGAGGAUGGCAUGAGUUUCUCAUGUGAAGUCUUACUUGCAACAGGAAAUGAAGGCAAGUAACUCUGCAGGCAAGCGCUCUGAUUCCUGGUAUUACAGGUGAUACAACAGAAACAUGAAUGAAUAGGGUGGGAUAGGCAUGGAUUUUAAUUCUUAACCUCAGUGAAGCAAAAGUAUGAAAUGUAUUGCACUUUUAACUGGGGUAUAUAUGAAAUGAUCAGCAAUUAUAUUCAAUUCCGUACCUAGGAUAUUGAUUAAGGCUAAAGCUUCCAAAUACCCAAGUUUGGCUAUUGCUUUGGUUGAAAAUGUUAACAGCAGAGGCGCUCAAAACUAGGAGCUGGCUGUCUUGGAAUGCAGCAGCAAGCAACAAGACGCUUGGACCCAUAAAUGAAAUCCUGGCUCAGUUGGAGUCAGUAAUGGGUGAACUCCCAUCAGCCUGCUGAUGUUCCCUUUCUCUUGAAAACCUGUAUCAGUUGCAAUACCAGAGUUGACUGAAGGAUAGGAAUUGAUUUUUUGAGCGACAGCUGAUGUACGCUAUUCUAAAAUAAGAUCUAAUGUUUUGGGGAAAGGUUAAACAGACCUGUGCAAAUAAUCUCUGGGAAGGCACUGUUCCUUGGAAUCCAGAGAAGUUUAAGUAGUUCUGUGCUUUGCCUUUUAAUAUAUCUGUUCAAAACACAUGCUGUAAACUAGACUAAAACACAACAUGCUGGGUCUGUCUACAUGUCGCCAUAUGGUGACACUGCUACAGCGCCAUGCUUUAGGACUUCCUUUUGGUGGUACUAAAGCACGGAGCACUAUGGGCGAUUUACUGAGCCACACAGACGGUGCAUGCUUAGAUUUCCCAGCUUGAUCACCGUAGCGGCGCGCUAUACCCAAGGACUCUUUUUCUGUGCACCAUCCAGUCGCUCAGAAACUGGGAACCCGUUACAU